AUAUGGAAGAAUAGAAUAUGCACCUCUCACAUAUCACUUGCAUAAUUGCAUACAUUUCCUAUGUCUUCACUGUCUGUGAGAGAGAGAGCUGAAAGCAAUGACAAUAGUGGUGGACAAAGUGCUAGAGUCUCAGGUAAACCAGGGAGUAAACGCGUUGGUCGAAACUGUAGCAUACAAUGUGAAGUUGGUUCGUGGCAUCGAUUCUGAGAUAAAGGAUCUCACCUUCGACAUUGAAACGUUUAACGCCAGGCUUGUGGAAGCUUCCAAGAACUCAUGGGCCAGUGAUCACCACGUUUUGAGAGUUGUUGUCAAUAAAUUCAGAAAUGUUGUGAAUGAAGCGCAGGAUACAAUUGCCGACUACGUUGCACUGAAGGGGAAGCAUGUUGACACACUCUUCUCAAAAUGUUUGGAUAAGAUUCCAUUUUGUGGAAAGAUCAAUCAUUUAGCGAGCGAGAUCCAGUCCAUAAGGGCUAAGCUGGCUAUGAUUCGGCAAGAGCACGGACAAGAACUUCUACAACUCAUGAAGUACAAAAUCAAUGAACAAAACGAGGGUCUGCUAACUUUCCAGGUUCGACCAAUAGUAGAGGAAAACAAGGUAUUUGGAUUUAAAAAGGAUUUGGAAAUCAUAGAGGGCCGUUUCAUUGAGGCAUCCAAUAAUUUUAUUGUCAUCCCAAUUGUGGGGAUAACUGGAUCUGGAAAAACUAUAUUUGCCUCGAAGAUUUUCGAAGACCAAAAAUGCAUUCAUCAAAAUUUCAACAACUACAUUUGGGUUAAUGUUUCACAAGGUUUUGAUAUAAAACAUAAAUUCAUUGACAUCAUCUAUCAAAUUACCAGCCGUAGAGAGGACAUUAGCAUGAUGAAUGAAGAAGGGUUGGCCCGUGAAAUAUAUGAACUUCUAAAGGAUGAAAUGUACUUUGUUGUAUUGGAUGAUGUACGGAACAAAAAAGAUUGGGAUUCUUUUAAAGUUGUAUUCCCUACAAACUUGAAAGGAAGUAGGGUGUUGGUGACCUCCCCAUAUGGCAAUGUCGUUGAUUCUAAUUGGAAAUCUCAUAAUUUAGGAAUGUUAAGCAAUGACCAAGGUUGGUUGCUGUUGAGAAAUAGUGCUUUUGGUACAGACGAAUGCAAUGAGAAAUCAUUAGAGAAUGUGGGGAAAGAAAUAGCAAAUAAAUGCAAUGGAUUACCCCUAGCUCUAGUAGCGGUAGGUGGUAUGCUACGUCAACGUAGGAAUAUUGCUGACUGGAAACGGAUUGUUGAAAAUCCAUUUUUAGAAAUUAAUCGAGAAGGUCAAAUCUACCGUGACCGAGUAAAAAUGACUUACAAUGAUUUGCCUGAUGAGAAGUUGAGAAAUUGCUUCCUAUAUUUUGCAUAUUUUCCCAUAGGACACAAGAUUGUUGUUUGGAAGUUGUUUCGUUUGUGGAUUGCUGAAGAAUUCAUUCGAACAAUAGAUGAGCAGGGGUAUGCUUUAGAUGCAGAAGUUGAGGCUCAAAAAUAUUUGAAUGAUCUCGUGGAUAGAAAUCUUGUGGUGGUGGCAGAACCAAGAAUAAAUGGGCAAAUAAAAACUUGUUGUAUACCCGACACAUUGCAUGAGUUUUGCAAAAGUGAAGCUGCAAGGAUAAAUUUGUUCCAUGUAGUGGAUGAGGGUCAAAGAUUAGAUGAGAAUACUUCUUCAAUUCAUGAUAAUAUUUCUUCAACUCGCCGUCUUUGUUUCUACUCCUUUGAUGUCCUCAUCAAACACUACAGCCAAGAGAGGAGGACUAGUUUAUGCCCAUUUGGCAAACAUAUCCAUUCUUUGUUGUUGUUUUCCUCACAAAAGGGUCAAACUUAUUUUAGUAAAGAGCAAUUAGCAAUCAUCCCAAACACCUUUCCACAUCUUAGGGUGUUGAACAUUGAAUUCUCCAUUGAGCUUGAUAAGGUCCUACCGAAUGAGCUUGAUAAGGUCCUACCAAAUGAGCUUUAUAAUUUACAUCUCCUUAGGUAUCUUGCCAUCAAAAGCGAUCUCAAUUUCCUCCCCAAAUCAUUCAAAAAUCUUUGUGGAUUGGAGACUUUAGUGAUCGAAACCACAUCAUGGACACUACAAAUUGAUGAAGGCAUAUGGAACAUGAAAAAGUUAAGGCAUGUGCACACCAAUACCUCUUUGCAAUUACCACCCUUUCCUCGAAAAGGAAGCACAACCAACUCUGCAGGAAAAGACAUCCGCACACUUUCUUCAAUAUCGCCAACAAAUUGCUCAACAGAGAUCUUUCGGAAGAUCCCCAACCUCCAAAAAUUAGGUGUUCGUGGGGAUUUAUCAAAAUUUAUAGAGGAAUCGGAAAUAAGUUGUUCAUUCAAAGAGUUAAAAUGCCUUGAAAACUUGAAGCUCUAUGGCCAAUAUGCUAAAGUGUUAACGUUCCCAAGCGGAAUCGUUGAUGCAAGUAGGCUAAAAAAGUUGAGCUUCUCCGGCACACUGUUUGAGUGGAAAGAUAUGGCAGUAUUGGGGAAGUUGGAGGAGCUUGAGGUGCUGAAGUUGGAUGACUAUGCAUUCAAGGGGGAGAGUUGGGAACUAAGCAAUGAUGUUGUUUUCAAACGCCUUCAAUAUUUACGCAUUGGAAGGACGAACCUAAUAACUUGGAAGUUGACCACAGAGAAUAGCUUUCCGGCUUUACGAAGUCUAAUCCUUCGAAACUGUAGCUCUCUAAAAAAAAUUCCAGAAGCUUUUGCUAAUGUUCAUACCCUUGAGGUGAUGGAAUUGUUUCACAUGAGUGAAAAUGCUGUUCAGUCUGCAAAAGAGGUCAAAGAAAAGCAGCUCGAAAACUGUGGAUUCCAGCUCCUCAUACCCCCUAAAAUGGGAAAGGGACCAAUGAUGGUAGGCACGAUGAUAGAGAAAGCGGUAAAGGAAAUGGUUGAAUUUGUAGAGUGCUGUAGUGAUUGGAGUGGUGGGCCUCCUGGCUUAUAUUCAGAGUUAAAGGAUAUGAGCUUGGAAAUCCAAACGUUUAAUGCCAGGCUCCAUGAAGCUUACAAGAAUUCAAUUGCAUCUCUCGAUGUUUUGAUGUUGAAAAGCUUUCAAAAUAUUGUGAAUGAAGCCCGGGAUGCGGCUGUGAAAUGCAUCUUUCUAAAAAUUUCCAGUACUCUACUCACAAAGUUUUUGGUACUAAGAUAUAAGAGAAAUGUCAAAUCUUGUGCGAGUGAAGUCCAGUCUGUUAGGUCAAAGAUGAUUAUGUUUCGCCAACAACACGAAAAUGACAUUCAAUUCCUCACGAAAAUGUGCUGGCGCAAUGUUCUGCUACCAACUGUCGAGAUAGGUGGACCGCAAUUGAUUGAGAAAGUAAAGGAAUUGGUAAACAGGCUAGUCCAAACCGUAGAAGACAAUAGUAAUGUCAACCUGGUUUUUGACAUUAUUAUGGAGAAGUCUGAGAUAGAGGACAUGACCUUCCAAAUCAAAACAUUUAGUGAGAGCUUGAUGAAAGCUAGCAUGAGCCCACUCGCCAAAGAUGAACACCGUGUUUGGAGACUAAUAGUAAACAAAUUCGUAAAACAUGUGCGUGAAGCCGAGGAUGCGGCUGACAACUACUUUGCACAGGAGAAGAAGUAUGGAUUGGCAAAAGCUUUUGAUAAGAUUCGGCUUUGUGGAAAGCUCAAUAAUGUUGCGAGUGAGAUCCAGUCCAUUAACAAAAAAGUGAAAACCCUUAGCGAAGACCACAAAGAAGACCUUCGACGCCUCCAGGAGGACUACAACAAACGUAGUAGUGGUCUGCCACUUCCCAAGGUUCGCGAAAACAAGAUGGUUGGCUUUAAUGAUGAUUUGAAAACCAUAAAAACUCAAUUAAUGGAAGCAUCCGAAGAUUUUUUUGUCAUCCCAAUUGUGGGGAAUGCUGGGACAGGAAAAACUACAUUUGCCUUGAAUGUUUUUGAAGACCUGGAAAUCCAGGAAUAUUUCACCCAUUGUGUUUGGGUUCAUGUUUCACGAGGCUUUUGCAGAAAGCAAAAAUUCAUUGACAUUCUGCAUCAAAUUUCUAACCAAACGGAAGACUUUAGCACGGUGUUAGAAGAUGUGUUGGAAGCUACAAUAAAGAAAAUAUUAGAUGAGGGUGAAAGAUACUUGAUUGUAUUGGAUGAUGUGCGGGAAAAAGAAGAUUGUGAUUCUUUAAAAGUUGCAUUCCCUACAAAUAUGAAAGAGAGUAGAGUCCUGGUAACCACUUGGAGUGGUAAUGUAGUUGAUUCUACCUGGAAAUCUCAUAGUUUAGGAAAGUUGAGCAAUGAUGAUGGUUGGUUGCUAAUAAAAAACAAUGUGUUUGGUAUAGAGGGAGGGUGUGACACAUUAAUUGAAGAGCUUGGGAUAAAAAUAGCAAAAAAGUGCAAUGGAUUACCACACGCUCUAGUACUAGUAGCUGGUAUCCUAGGUAUAACUCAUGCUUUACCACCUGCUUGGCAACGAGUGGCGGAUUAUCAGCUUAUUGAAAUUAACGAAGAAGACCAAAGCUACCUUGAGCUAGUAAAGUUGAGCUACGAUGAUUUGAAUAAUGAGUGGUUGAAAAAAUGCUUCUUAUAUUUUGCAUAUUUUCCCAUGGGACAUGAGAUUGUUGCUUGGAAGUUAAUUUGUUUGUGGAUUGCUGAAGAAAUCAUUCCAAAAGGAUAUGAUGAGAACCUUUUAGAUCAAGAAGUUGAAGCUUCAAAUUAUUUGAAUGUUCUUGUUAAUAGAAAUCUUGUGAUGGUGAAGAAAAGAAGCGCAGAUGGUCAAAUAAAAAUAUGUUGCAUUCAUGACACAUUGCAUGAGUUCUGCAGAAGUGAAGCUGAAAGGAUAAAUUUAUUCCAUGUAAUGGAUGAGGGGCAAAGAUUAACUGCAAGAAUUUAUUUCGAUCGUCUUUGUUCCUACUACACUAUGAACAUAUUUGAUGUAGAAAACAAUCCAUCUGAUUCAUUCUCCAAUCUCUUCAACAAAAGGAGAGGUCCACGUCAAGAUGGUAAAUAUGUUACAUCUUUGUUGCUGUCUUCCUCACAAAAGAGUGAGAUUCAUUCGACGCCAGAGCAGUUGGAAACCAUCCUAAAAAACUUUGAAGAUCUUAAGGUAUUGAAUAUUGAAUCCCUCAAAUUUAGCUCGCUGCCAAAUGAGCUUUAUUUCCGAAGCAAAAUCAGGUAUCUUGCAAUAACAGCUGAUAUCAGUUCCCUCCCCAAGUCAUUUGAAAAUCUUGGUGAAUUGGAGACUAUGGUGAUCAAUACCACGGAACCAAGGUUACAAAUUGAUGGAGGCAUAUGGAACAUGGAAAAGCUAAGGCAUGUCCACACCAACACCUCUAUGCAAUUACCCAGCUCCCCUCCCAAAAAUAGCUCUAGAGGAACAAACAUCUGCACACUUUGUACAAUAUCACCAGCAAGUUGCACAAGCGAGAUCUUCAACAAGACCCCAAAACUCCAAAAAUUAGGUGUUCGGGGGAAUUUAUCAGAACUAUUUCUUGAGACAAAGCAAAAAGUUUGUUUAAUCAACAAUCUUCAAAUGCUAAAAUGCCUCAAAAACUUGAAGCUUCAUGGCAACUCUGAGAAAGUAGAGUUGAAGGUCACAGUGUUUGAUAAGUUUUUGAGAAGGCUAAGAAAGUUGACCUUGUCUGGUACAUUGUUUCAGUGGGAUGAUAUGACUGUAUUGGGAUCACUGGAGGAGCUUGAGGUGCUCAAGUUGGAUGACAAUGCGUUCUCAGGGAAACUUUGGGAUCUAAACAGUGAUGUUAUUUUCAAAGGGCUUAAGUAUUUGCGCAUGGGUAAGAUGAACCUCAUAACUUGGACAGCUGUGGACUCAGAUAAAAGCUUUCCAGUUCUUGAAAGCCUGAUUCUCAGGAAUUGUAUUUCCCUGCAAAAUAUUCCAGAGGAUUUUGCUAAUGUGGACAACCUUAAAGUGAUGGAACUGUAUAACGUGUGUGAAAGAGUGUCUGAUUUUGCAAGAGAGAUUUGUGUGAAAAGGCAUGGCAAAACAAAUGUCAAAAUAAAUGCAUUCAACGUCUUCAUCACUCCUCUUCAGUCACAAGCAACGGAACAUAAUCAAGAAUAUGGUGAGGUAAAUGUCAACACCAAUGGAUUUGAGCACCCCAACACUUCUACUUUGUCAGAAGAAAUUCUACAUAAGCAAUCAAAAGGGAAGGAAAAAGUCAACAUCAGUGAAUCCGAUCACCCCAACAUCUCUACUUCAUCACAAGGAAUCGUACAUAGCCCUGCAUAUGAGAAUGAAUAUGUCAACACGAGUGGAUUCGACUACCUUAGCACCUCUAUUUUGUCACAAGAAAUUUCGCCGAGCCACAGUCCAUCGCAUAAAGUGACUGGCGAGAUGGUGAGAACCAUAUAUCCGUCUUACGAGUUUACACCGACUGACGGCUUUGCAAUGGACGGGUGUUAUCCGACUGGCAAGGAGGGAGUAACCGACGACGAGCAGUGGCGAAGCCACAGUCCAUCGUUUAAACCGACUGGCGACCUGGUACAUAAGCAAUCAAAUGGUGAGGAAAAUGUCAACACCAAUGAAUCGCACAUAAGCAAUCAAAUGGGGAAGAAAAUGUCAACACAAGUGGAUUCGACCACCCCCAACACCUCUACGUAUUCACCAGAAAUAGCACAUAAGCAAUCAAAUUGGGAGGAAAAUGUCAACAUCAGUAAAUUUGACAACCCCAGCACCUCUACUUCAUCACAAGAAAUCGUACAUAAGCAAUCAAUUUGGGAGGAAAAUGUCAACACCAGUAGAUUCGACCACCCCAACACCUCUACGUUGUCACAAGAAAUAGUUUCUGAUGAUGAUUAAUUGUUCGAUCAGCUAUGUCAAUUGCUUUUUUGAAAUAAAAAGAAUUAAAGUUGAUUCGUUUCCUUUUCAUGAUGCAAAGAAUGCGUCUGUCAGUGAUCUAGAGAAUUCUGGUUGGAUGUUGGAUGAAUUCCCAAGCAAAGCAUGAGUGGAGCGAAUUAUUGAUGUUGAAAGCCAAUUAAGCUAAGUGUGUGUUAGUGAUUUCAUAUUGUUGAAUUCGGAGCUGAGAUUAUAUUUGUAUUUUCAAUUUGUGAUUACUUUCAUAUGGUAUUGUGGUAUGUAGUCAAUUAAGGAGUGAAUGUUAUUUAUCGUUUUUGUUUCAUGUACUGCAUAUUUGUCUUGACAGUAUGACAUGUACUGCAUGUUACUGAAAUAAAUUACACACACUUUAAACGUUU